AUGUUUUUUUAGUUUUAUUUUUUAUUUGUGGUGAACCAUGUGUACGGUAGAUAAAAGUCCAAACAACUAUGAUGCCACGGUACCUUGACGAAGACAUUUUGAUAAACGACAAAGGAUUUUUGUCCCACCUCCUCAACUAACCAUUUACUUAUUUCUACAAACAAUAGUUGAACAGAAUAAUUGGACCUUAAGAGCUUCUUCUUUAUAAUCAAAUCCAACAGGAUUAUAGUUUACAUAUGUUUAUAACAAAUGUCAACUUAUGAGUUAAUGUUAGCAUCAAUAAGAGAAAACGAUGCCAACUUUGGUUGUGUGUAUUUUCUUGGUUGGCUGUAACUUCAUUUUGGUAUUUUUAUAAUUAGUUAUGGUUCACAAUUAAAUGUUAACUUUUCAAUUCACAAUUUUCCGGAAUCAGAUUAUUUAGUAGAACUUUAUCCAGUUGCAUGUUAGGUUAUCUACUCUUUAAGUAAAUAACAGUUUGUCUUAAUACGUUUUUUUUUUUUUAUUACAAGCGAUAAUUACCUUAAAUAAGAAAGAAUUUGAUCGUAGUAAGGCACUAAUUUCCGAAACAAUCAACCACUAAUUUCUGAUACGUAUGCCUUCUCCUUGGUUUUUUUUAUUGAUAAAAUUGUGUACAAUUUAAAUUUCUGUUUCUAUCAACUACGUACGGUACGGAACUCAUCCAUGUUUAUAUAUAAACCUACUCUCGCCAUAUAUUCUUACACUUGCGAGCUAGGUAGUGCCAACAGCUGCUAAUAAUCUCCGAUCUGCUUGCGAUAAACAUGGAGCCCCGUCGAAGCAAACCCAUCUCAAUUUCUUGUUUUCUUUUCUUUUUAGUUCUACUCGCGUAUUCCAGAUCACUCACAGCUCAAGAAGUCGAGGAUGAAAGAGAGUUUGAUUAUCUUCAAGAGGGUGGAAAGGGGCCAAAGCAUUGGGGGGAGAUUAAGGAGGAAUGGGCGGCGUGUAACAGCGGGAGCAUGCAAUCUCCAAUAGAUUUAUCAAAUCACAGGGUUACAUUAUUCCCAAACUUAGGGAAGCUCAAGACCAACUACAGACCUCGUAAUGCAACUAUCAAGAACAGAGGCCAUGAUAUUUCGGUUGAAUGGGUGGACGACGCUGGAACAAUUAAGAUAAAUGGUACUGAGUAUCCGCUAAAACAAUGUCACUGGCAUGCCCCAGCGGAGCAUUCCAUCAACGGCAGAGUAUAUGACAUGGAGCUCCACUUGGUUCAUCUAAGCCCCGAUCCCAACGUAGCAAACAAGAUCGCUGUCACUGCAGUUCUCUACAAGUUCGGUCGUGCAGAUUCUUUCCUUUCUACGUUGAUGAAGGAUGUAGAAUCGAUGAUUGAUCAAAUGGAAGAGAGAAGCAUGGGCAUUAUUGAUCCUAGAGAAAUCAAAAUUCGUGGGAAAUCCUAUUACAGAUACAUGGGUUCACUCACUGUUCCUCCUUGCACUGAAGGCGUUAUUUGGACCAUCAAUAAAAAGAUACAUACAGUCUCAAGGGAUCAAGUAAAUCUAUUUCGAUUGGCUGUGCAUGAUUAUGCGGAGGCGAACGCAAGGCCAGUGCAACCACACAACCUUCGAGAUAUCAAGGUCUAUGACAAAAGCGCAAGGAGCACAAUUAAGUAUUGAUCAUAUCUUGGGAUGAUAAUUUUCCCUGCGAAUUUGGGUAUUUUCGGGAAUUUGACCUUAAUAGGUCGGGUUCGGGACAGAGUGUUUAUGUAUUGUAUCGAUCUGAAUCCGCGCCAUUUGUAUAUAUAUAUUUUUUUUUUUUUUUUUUUUAUCAUGGUGAUAUUGAUUCAUGUCUUCUUAGAAAUUUAGGACCAUAUGGUGGUGGUAAAAUGGUGACGGCGUCUUCAAUUGGAAUAUGUUAUAUUGAUUAUAGUCAUAUAUGUUCGGAUUUACAAUAAAGAUGGUCAUAUAUGUAAGGUUAUUACCUAAUGGUCAUGUAUACAAAGGUAUCAUAUUUUUGUGUUA